CUACGUUUAUCCGCAAUAGCAUAAACAUAUUAACAUUAGUAUGUAAUUCUUUUCUUUCCAUGUAGAUUGGUAGAUCAUGAUGCAUGCAACACCAGAGUUGUGGGUUUGUUUCUUAAACUAUAGAAAUGAAUGCUCAUCGAACAUGCUCAUCGAACCUUUCCUUCCAAAAUCAUGGCCAUUAAAAAUGGAGUUAGUCCCUCUUUUUCACUGUUUGUUGGAACAUUGCUGCAGGGAUUUGCUUCCAUUCAGCCACAAAAACAGAGGUUGGGCGGUGAUGAUGGGCAAUUAGGCCUGGCUUGCGGUUGGUGUUUCUAAUUCAGCCCAGUGGUGUUUGUUGGGGUGGAGAUCAGGGCUAUGUUGAGGCCAGUCAGGUUUUUCCCCCCAACAAUCUCGCCAAACCAUUUCUGUAUGGACCUAGCUUUGAACAUGGGGGCAUGACGAAACGGGAAAGGUUGUUGCUACAGUGAUGGCUUCCACUUGCCAAUAACACCACUCACAUUUGAAAGGGUUGCUGUAGCUCUAGCAGGGCAGGGCAGAAAUCUGACAGACUGAAUAAUUGGAAAGGAGGCAUACCAUGUGUGUGCCACGUAGAAAGUCACUGAAAACUUUAGCACGGGCCAUUCUACUGCCAAUAUUUGUCUAUGGAGAUGGCGUGGUUGUGUGUUUGAUUUUAUUCACCUGUCAACAAUGGGUCUGGCUGAAGUAACUGAAUUUGCUCAUUUGAAGGGGAUCCACAUAUAAUGUGUAUAUGUGUGUGUAUAUAUAACAAAAUACAGGAGUUUAUUUGAUUUGUGGAUCUAUAUGAUCUUAGGGAAAUAUGUGUCUCUCAUGUGGCCAUACAUUCAGCAGAAGGUUAGAAUGUGCAGCUCUGUUUCAACCUAACUUUGUAGGCAGUGAGCAUGUAGUCUGUCUUCUGUCGACAGCCAGGUCUACCUGUUGCGGCAGACAUAUAGUACAUACAAAUAAACAAUGAACAGCACAUAAUGUUCCCUUCCUUGAAAUCCAGUGUAUUGCUCUGGCAGAGUUAUCUGGCAUUAGACGGUUUGAAAACGUCCAAAAUGUCAAGACUUAAAGAAAACAGAGGUGUGCCCUGUACAUCCUGAUCAGAUGUAAUCAGUGACUUGGUGGCAACAUCAACUCGGUCAUGUGUAACUGGGUUCUGUGGUAGGCUAGGGGUAAGGUGAUCACAGUUUUACAAUGUUCUCACUAGAGAACAGCAGGGAAAUGGCUCCACGUCCAAAGUAUACAGUUGCCGGCCCAUUCCGCCCGUCCCUCAAAACAAAUUGAAAUCCCGUUGAGGCGAAGGGCGGAGGAAAAAACAUCUCCCGGGCAGAUGUUUCAGCGUUACAAUGGCAUGCCCGCACAAAAGGCCUAGGGUGCAGACUUUAAGUGUUUAGCAAACAGGAACACCAUAGAAUGACGCCGUUCAAAUGGCCGUCAAUACGUCAUGGAGGAGUUGGACAGCAACUGUUGUUUUGACGGUUGUUUUUAUGACUAAGAUUUACAAUGUUUGCAGUGGAUACAGCUAUUUAAUAUUAUGUCAAGAGACGGUUGUAUUGCUUUAUCGUGCUUUACCUUUGGCAGUCAUAGGUGGUUAUAAAAAAUUACUGCCUACAGUGAUUAUGUAGAUGUUCUCUACAAAACAACUAACACAUCUCCCCAAAGGCCAGAUUGCAAUCUUGGCAGAAGAUAACUGACAGAGUAAAUUAGUGUGAUGUGGCAUGUUUUCAUUAUAAAAACAUGUUCUUGUAUUCAAUGGUGAAAAUGCCACAAAAGCUAUUUCUUUGACCUGUUGCUGUUUCCCUGUAAUUUUCCUAAUCAGGAACUUAGCCUCAAAGACACGUUUGGGAAUCCAGGCCCAGGUUUGUUCCAUCAGGGGUUGGUAUGAAAAUCUUCACCAGCGUGGCCCCCCAGGAAUAGGUUUGGAAUGAAAAACACUAUGUUAGUAUGCUGGGACAAUAAAUAAAUGUUACUGCCUACAAUGAUUAUAUAGACGUUCUCUACAAAACAACUAACACAUAUGUGUGACGUGGCAUGUUUUCAUUAGAAAAUAGGCCUACACACAUGGCUGAUUUUUUUCGUGUCGUUGCAUGUAGUAGUUCAUCCAAAGAAAUUUAAAUGUAUUUUUUAUAUAUUCUUUGGAAAAGAAUGAAUAUCGGACGUUCGUGGAAUUCUUCUGUUGCAACGUGAGGUGAAAUUAAGAAUAUCUCCUAGCAACUUUCACUUGGUGUGGACUGUAUUUUUCUCCUUCUUUUGGACGUGAGAUGCGCAGGUGAGACGGUAUGCUCAGAGCCGUCAUCUGUAUUGGCUAAAUCUAUUCAGGCGUAUCAACCCACAACCAGUGGCCUAACCCAUGCUAAAUCGUGGCAUACGUCAGACCUAGAAACCUGUUAUCAUUGUUAUUAUUAAGGGUAAUUACACGGUGACUGAGGGAUGGUUAUCAAGCGAGGAGGCAGUCUUUUCUGCUUGCCUGAUGAUUGGCCACUCAUGCUUAAUUGCACAGGAAAGUGGAGAGAUUAAAAGUUUUUACAGAAAGAGCAGUAAGCGGGAUUCGAACCCAUGCUGUAGUAGCGUAAGUGCCCCGAAGGCAGAGGCUUGGCUACACUGAACCACCCUAUAAUAACUAGAACAGACCAAUCAUUGCCUGUUCUGUUCAAUGUUUUGCUUGAUUCGUAAAUGUGUUUUGAUAAACCUGCCCAGGCAAGAGUAGCUAAGCCAAAAUGUUAUUGGCCUCGUGCUUGUUAACAAGAAACGUAUUUGCGAGCCUGUUUCUACCCACGCAGAUACUAGUCAAUACAAAUAUCAAGGUAGACAACACAGUGACACAAAUAACAAUCAGGCAAUGCAAUAUAAAUAAAAACAACACUAUAAAAAGAUAAUGUGGCUAUUUACAGGAAGUACCUGUAGCAAUUUGAUCUGGAUUGGGUGUGAAGUAAUUUAGGUUCAUGAGUUUAUAGCAACGAAUGGAUCAUAUGAAGUAACGGUAGCAGUUUCUGUGUAUGUUUGUGUGUGCGGAAUCAUUAUACAUGUCUGUGUGUGCAUGUUAUGUAUGAAGGGGUUUCUAGCCUGCUACUACGUUUUUUGGCUGACUACAGCAAAUGUGCUGUUCUCGGAACCUGACUGCUUGAAGGUAUAUAAGUCGGCACUUGCCUGGAGCAGUAAAAAGCAUACAAUGGCAGUCACUGAGAUUAUAUUUGGUUUUCAUGUUUGCAAAAUACUUACAACGGAUGCAAGAAUUGCUCACUAGAAUGCUAACAGUCAUUUUCCAAAAGCUAGCCAGAGACAUGUUGGUAAUUUUUUUUCUAAGUGUAAUUCAGCUGUUUAUAGGUGAUGUGAACAUUAUAAUAAGCAGGACAUUCAUUCAAGUCUUAACAUUUUAUUACAAUCCACUAGUUGUUUAAAAGUCAUGCAAAAAUUUUUUAUUCCUGCUUGUGCUUAUCGGUCUGUUAGUGUGGCAUAAACAGCCCUUAUGAAACCAAUUUACAAACAUAGAAAGGGGUCUGUUAAUGACUGGAUUGGCUUAUAAACCCUGGUUUGUUUUGUAGUUUUGUUUUGUAAAUGGACUACAAAUAUUCUGUGGUCAGAUUCACUGAAAUGCGGUCGUAUUAGACAUGAGUAAAAGUACUGUCUGGCUGCGUUCAGUGAGAAAGCAUGAUGUAAUACAGUUGUUAUGUGGCCUGCGGUGUCUAUUGGUUAAAGUGGCUGACCCAAGCAUACAGAGUCAGUGCAAUUUCAUUAACCCUGCCCUUUUCUUAGUCCUUCCUCACUGUACUCUCUUCAAUUAAAAAAAGAGAUAAAAAGGUUGAACAACAUGAGUGAGGCUACCCCACUCCUAAAAAAAAAAAAAAAGAACUAUAAAUAAAACUAAUAAUCACAUCAAAUGACAAUAUAUGUAAUAUAACCGAUAAUAUAGAUAUUGUAAAUAUAAAAUCAAGCUGAGGGACUUUUCAAACUUGCAUCUUCUUCAAUGUUUUUGUAAACAAAACAUCUGUAAAUAAAUAUAAUUUGAGAAUGAAUUAUGUAUAUUUUCAAUUCAUUUUUCAGUCUAGUGAAGAGAUUGUGUGACUGGAUAAGAAUGUUUCUUCUUUAGUAUUAUAGUCUGAAUCCGUGAUCUCAUCAGGCUCUGCUCAUAUUCAGGAAGUUUCGAGCAUUCCUUCUUGCCCAGCAACCAAUCAGAGCUCUCUGAAUCAGAUGUGCCGGGCAAGACCCGCCUUUGCUUCCUCCCCUCUGUACUUUCUCCGGCUGCCCGGCUGCUGUUGCUUUGUUGGCUAGGAGGUGGACCAGCUGGCCUUGCGCAGGGAGCCUUGUAAAUUAUCCGAAAGUCUCGGGAGGAAGGAACAGAGGAGAGGGAGCUGUAGAAGAAACUGAGGAGAGGAUAACAUAGUGGGCUGACAAUGCAUCCAGGGCCUACAGGCAGAAACCCUCAUCGCCUGCAUAACAGGAGAACUCAUGAACUCUACUACCUGAGAAUGCAGAGGACGAGGGAGAAGCCCGAGAAGAUGCCGGAGAACAACAAAGCCAGGAAAAAGCUUCGAGUGUGCGUGGCGACGUGUAACCGGGCGGACUACUCGAAGCUGGCGCCCAUCAUGUUCGGCAUCAAGGCCCAGCCGGACGAGUUUGAGCUGGAGGUGGUGGUGUUGGGGUCGCACCUCAUUGAUGAUUAUGGCAACACGUUCCGGAUGAUCGAGCAGGACGACUUCGACAUAGGCUCCAAGCUGCACACCAUUGUGCGCGGUGAGGACGAGGCGGCCAUGGUGGAGUCGGUGGGUCUGGCUCUUGUCAAGCUGCCGGACGUCCUCCACCGCCUCCGCCCCGACGUCCUGGUAGUCCACGGCGACCGCUUCGACGCGCUCGCCCUGGCGACGGCCGCCGCCCUGAUGAACAUCCGCAUCCUGCACCUGGAGGGAGGAGAGGUGAGCGGCACCAUUGACGACUCGAUCCGCCACGCCAUCUCUAAGCUGGCCCACUACCACGCUUGCUGCACUCGCAGCGCCGAGCAGCAUCUCAUCGCCAUGUGCGAGGACCACGCUCGCAUCCUAUUGGCCGGCUGCCCCUCCUACGACAAGCUGCUGGCGGCCCAUUACCGGGACGACUACAUGGACAUCAUCAAGAACUGGCUCGGUGACCACGUGAAGGAGCACGAUUACAUCGUGGCCCUGCAGCAUCCGGUCACCACGGACAUCAAGAACUCCAUCAAGAUCUACGAGCUGAUGCUGGACGCGCUCAUCUCAUUCAACAAGAGGACACUCAUCCUCUUCCCCAACAUUGACGCAGGAAGUAAAGAGAUGGUGCGCGUGAUGAGGAAGAAGGGCGUGGAGCAGCACCCCAACUUCCGGGCGGUGAAGCACGUGCCGUUCGAGCAGUUCAUCCAGCUGGUGUGUCACGCCGGCGCCAUGAUCGGCAACAGCAGCUGCGGCGUCAGAGAGGCCGGGGCAUUCGGCACACCCGUCAUCAACCUGGGCUCCCGACAGACCGGCAGAGAGACCGGUGAAAAUGUCCUCCAUGUCCGAGAUGCAGACACCCAGAAUAAGAUCUACCAUGCCUUGGAGCUGCAGUUUGGGAAGAGAUACCCCUGCUCCAAGAUAUAUGGUGACGGGAACGCAGUACCCCGCAUCCUGAAGUUCCUGCAGACCAUCGACCUGGACGAGCCACUGCAGAAGACCUUCUGCUUCCCCCCCGUGAAGGAAUGGGACAUCUCCCAGGACAUUGACCACAUCCUAGAGACCCAAAGCGCACUGGCCGUAGACCUGGGGGGGACCAACCUCCGCGUGGCCAUCGUUAGCAUGACGGAAAGAAACACUGUCUACAGCUGCAGCUCAAAUGACAGUUACAUGCAGGGUAAAAUUGUUAAAAAGUACACCCAGGCGAACCCCAAAACCUUUGAGGAGAGGAUUGCGCUCAUCCUGAAGAUGUGUAAAGAGGCGCUCAGUGAUGCUGUGUGUCUCAACUGCCGGAUUCUGGGAGUGGGCGUUUCGACGGGGGGCAGGGUGAACCCCCAGGAGGGCGUAGUCCUCCACUCCACCAAGCUGAUCCAGGAGUGGAGUUCCAUCGACAUCCGCACCCCACUCUCCGACGCCCUCCACCUUCCUGUUUGGGUCGACAACGAUGGGAACUGUGCCGCCCUGGCCGAGAAGAAGUUUGGCCACGGAAAAGGAGUGGAGAACUUUGUAACUAUCAUCACUGGAACAGGAAUCGGCGGAGGAAUCAUCCAGCACAACGAGCUGGUCCACGGCAGUACGUUCUGCGCGGCUGAGCUGGGUCACAUCAUGGUGUCUCUGGACGGGCCGGAGUGCAUGUGCGGCAGCCGCGGCUGCAUCGAGGCCUACGCGUCGGGCAUGGCCCUGCAGAGAGAGGCCAAGAGGCUCCAUGACGAGGACGUGCUCAAGGUGGACGGGAUUACGGAUAUGAAAAACAACGAGCCGGUUAGCGCGGUUCACCUGAUCAACGCGGCUCGUCUGGGCAACAGCAAGGCCGAUGCCGUCCUCCAAACAGCUGGGAUGGCCCUUGGCGUGGGCAUCGUCAACAUCCUCCACAUGGUCAACCCCUCCCUGGUCAUCCUGUCAGGGGUGCUCGCCUCCCACUACCAGUCUCCUGUCCAGCAGGUCAUAGAGCAGAGGGCCCUCCCCUCUGCCCGGAGCAUACGGGUCUUGACCUCCGACCUCGAAGAGCCCGCCCUGAUGGGUGCAGCUAGCAUGGUUUUGGACUACACAACCAGGCGCCUCUAUUAAGUGCAUUAUGUUACUGGACUACACAAUGAGACAAGUUUAUUAGGUACAUUACAGUUCAGGACUACACAAUCAGAUGCAUUUAUUAACAGCACUAUCAUGUUGGACCAUACAACCAGACAUAUUUAUUAACAACAGUUCAGUGGAAACUGUUCAUCCAGACAAAUAUGUUAGGGAGGUUAAUUUACUGGACUGCUCAUCUAGGACCACUGUUAGAAAUAUUAUAGUUUGUAUAGUUGACAGUUUUAUGCUAUAGGUGGAUUUGGUCUGGCCUGUUGUGGACAGAGAGUGUAUGGAGGCUAUUGGGACCAGAGAUGGAUUUGAAACUGUCAGAUUGGACUCUGAUUUGGUCAGUUCUCAAGUUGAUUUUUUAUUCUAUUAUGUGGUACCAAAAAAAUGAAGGGCAAUUUCUGUUCAAGUGAUUUGGGUAACAAUUGAUUUAUUGGCACUAUACAUCUAUGCUCCUCCUCCUUGCAAUUGACCACUCAUAUAGGACAAAAAAAAGACAUUCAGUCCAGUAGGAAGAUAAUUUGAUUGUGUCUCUUUAAAUGCCUAAUAAAACACUAUUGUAAUGUUUGUACUUAGGCCAAGGGUUAUGUUGGAAGGGAGCUAUUGAAGUGUUUCUAGCAGAAGAAGUAUCAAAAGCUUAUACUGUACAUAGUAGCAAUUAAAAGACCCCUUGGGACAUCAUGGAGGAAUGAUUAGACCAAAUGUGAGGACACUACAGUUCAUAUUGCAUCUACAUUAGCUCACAUGUAUGUGCAUCCACAGAUGCUGUUUUCCCAAGCCUCUUACAGUAUUGAGUGCAGAUGUUUUCACAGUAUUGCGUUAUGGCCCCCCUGUAGGAAUGGAACCGACAACCCUGGCAUUGCAGAAUGGGACAUUAACAUGAAACUGAAUAUAAUCAUCACUCUGUUCAUUUUAUGUUUACAUUCUCUGUAUGCUUCUCAGCAUCUGUCAAUAGGAAAUAAGAAAAUCUGUUGCCUUGUUAAGUUGAAAAAAGCAUGGAUUUCAUCACAGGCUUUUAUCAAAUGGUAAUGAAAAACCUCAGCUUUUUUUUUUUUUUAUGAAAGCCCAUACAACCACAGUAACACUUGGUGUUCCUAAGAGAUGGACACAAUUUGUGACCAAAUACUGAUCAGUAUCCAUUUGCAUUCAUUGAUGCUUGUAUUAUGUGGCCAUAUUUUGACCCUCAUAAUUCCAUUUGUUUGUUACUUGUUUUUAAUUAUACAGUAGGCUAACGGUAAUAUUAAGCAUUUCUUUUUGGAGAGUCCUCCGUAUUUGGCGCCACAUUGCUAUAUGCUACAGUAUGUGUUUGUUUUACCAAACUUUAUUGUUUCUGGGAACCUUUCCUUUGUCUCCAUUUUGGAAUAAGCAAUUUUUACAGAUGUUCAUCUUUUUUUAAAGAAACUUCCCUGAUGCAAUGUUUUGUCAUGCCAAAUGUCUCAAUUAAAUUAUUAUUAUUAUUAUUCACAGUAUUAGAAUGACAUACUUCAUGAGGAUUGUAUGGCCUUUGAAUUGAGCACUUUAAUCUGGAAUGAUUGUGUGUGUGUGAACACACUUCUAUGGUCAUGAGGUCAGAUGUAUUCACUAGUAUCCCUUGGCAAAUAACGACUAGUGAGGACAUUUGGCUGAUCCUCAAUUAUAUAAGCCAGGCUUGGGGUUCAUUUAAGUUUAGUGUGCGAUGUCAGGACAGCAACCCUGGUCCAUGGGGUAGCUAGAGAGCUUUGAGUCAUGAACUUUCCAUCGCUUAAUGUACAUUGUCGCUUAUCCCUUUGCUGUUCCGGUUUCCUUUUCCUACAAUGUGUUUAUGUUGCUGCAUCAGAUCACGAUGUCCACCCUUCAUUUGUCAGUCGAAGGGCAUAGGCUCCCCUCAUGUUGUCUACGUGGUCUCUGUAAAUCCACUGUCGGCUUGCACUUUUGGGGCUAUUCCAUUAGGUUCCAUUGUUUUGGAAUGUGUUGUCCGUGAUGCCCAGGGACCAACCUCUCAGUUACCGUAGUUUCACGCCUUCGGUGUGGUGCCUAUGCUAUGCUAUGCUAUGUACAGUAAGUCAUAUGGUCCAAUCCCAACCUCAAAGCCUUAGAACCUAUGCACUUGUGGAGAUCGGAGAGGGCUUGAUUGGUAUAGGCAAUAUGGUGGAUCUUUUACCUGGUAAAAGCUAUUGUCAGAUUAUUUACACCUGUCCAAACUUCUCAGAUCUCUUAUAAGUUUAUGGGGUUGAUUAUGGGCACUAUUGUCUUAAAUGUAUAACAGAUUUUAUGCUCUACUGCCAAAUAACAGAUCUAUUGUCAUUCUUUAUUUUCCUUUUCAUGUGCUUGUAAAUGUUUUAAAAUAGAUCAUACAAAUCAGUCCGCUUACUCUUA